AGUCCGUCUGUCCGUCCAUUGUAUCGUACUAAGUUCUUAUCAUUACCGUGGGAGGAGAGCGACUAAGGCCAAUCUAAUGAAACAAGCAUUUGAAUAAAUUCAGCCACAAUUUGGUAAGGCACUCGAAAUUUAGUAUUAGUACGUUACUUGUCCACAAUGGUGGUGAACUGCGUGAUAGAAUUCGAGCAAAAUUUGACGGGGACCUACUAUGCUGGACAGCUGGUGACCGGUACCGUAGUACUAAAAUCUGAUAAGCCCAAGGAAGUUAAGGCAAUUCUAUUGAAAAUAUCUGGAUCAGCUGAAGCCAUUUGGAGUGAAAGAAGAUUCAAUUCAAGGCACACAUAUUAUGGACGAGAAGAUUAUCUGUCAUCGAACACCUAUUUGAUGGGUUCAGAGCAAAGUAACAAGGAAAUAAUUUCCCCUGGAGUUCACACCUACUCAUUUGUCUGUCAACUGCCCGCCAAUUGUCCCUCAUCGUUUGAGGGUCUACAUGGACAUAUACGUUACACCAUCAAGGUGUCUCUGGUGCGCCCUUGGAAAUUUGAUCAGAACUAUAAAAGAGCCUUUACUGUACUUCGAGUGACCGAUUUGAAUUUUGAGUCACCACAAAUAAGAAUACCUGCAGCCAGUGAAACCUACCGCACCUUCUGCUGUGGUCCCUGCACCACAGAGCCUUUGAAGCUUGAACUGAAGGUACCCCAGACGGGUUUUGUGCCUGGACAAAGCAUUCCCGUGCAGGGUCUUGUCAUUAACAACACAAAUAUUGUGGUCUCCGAGGUGAAAUUUUCUCUGGUAAUGCUGGUGCGCUACACUAGCAACAGCCCGAAACGUGUACACGUUCAACGAAUUUCGGUCAGCAAGGUCAAAGGUGGAUCGGUGUUGCGUUACUGCACGCGCAACAUCCAAGAGGAACUCCAUGUACCGGCUACUCCGCCCACCUGUGUGCAGAGCUGCAAUGUCAUACAAAUUGUCUAUCAAGUGGAGAUGCUGGUCAAAAUGAAAAGCUUCCACAAGAGUCAGGUGUUUGCGAUGCCUGUCAUUAUUGGCAACGUGCCAUUGGCCAACAAUACAAGGGGCUCCUAUGUGAUAGAUGUACAACCGACGUCGAGUAAUCGUGAUUUGCAGCAAAGACCAACUACAUUGGAAUUCUCCAAGGAAGCUACAGCGCCAAACCAUUCAAAUUUGAAUUCUCCUAACAUACCUCCUCCCUCCUAUGAGGAAUCGAUUCACACCCAGCGCAAUAAUAUUAACGAAGGGGAAGAUAACGCUUUGGGCUAUAGUGAAUUUACACCCUUGUAUCCAGUUUUCAAGAUGGCCAGUCCAACUUUAGAUGAAGCUCCCACUCCAGUGGGCUAUGACAACAAAAGUUUUGCCCCAUAAACCUUUAUUCUAGGCUAGUGGGGGAAGAGAUUGAAAAAGAAAAACUUUAAUAUGUGAAAUUUAAUUAUUAUAUGAUAUUGUAUGACCAAAGAUAUUCCAUUUUGUGUGCUCUACUUGCUGAAAUAUAUU